AAAUCAUUAAUCUGUCUCAGGAUACGGGCCGAGAGCGCACGUUCCUUCUUAUUUCUUCCCUAGGCACAUUUAGCACGCCGCACUCGGGCUUCCCUUUAAAUUAACUUAUUUUCCGUUGAUAGUCUUGUACCAAAAAAAGAAAAGCUUUAUUAGAAAUAUUGCUCGUGAAAAAUUUCCAUUUGGGGAUCUAAACUUCUGUCAUUUUAAUUAAAUGCGUUUACUUUGGUUUGGGUUAGUUGUGCUUGUCCAACUGCCGAAUUUAAUAUCAGCAGCUUGUGAUGGAAAACAAUUUGCGUGCAAAAACGGACACGGGUGUGUGGCUACUAGUCAACAUUGUGACCACGUGAUCGACUGCGAUGACGGAUCCGACGAGUUUGAUUGCAAUUAUCCUUGUCGGAGUCCUCACAUGAAACCUUGUAGGGAUGGUCAUUGUAUUGCCAUGUACUUCUUUUGUGAUAGGGAUAAUGACUGUGGAGAUUGGUCUGAUGAGCUCAAUUGCACUGGCCUGUUACCUGGCUCGAGAAUGAAUUGCCCAUCUAACACAUUUCACUGUGAGGGGCAGGUGUGCAUCCCCCAAAACUGGGUAUGUGAUGGCAUGGAGGAUUGCUCUGAUGCAAGAGAUGAACUUCACUGCAACAAAACAAUAGAGUGCAAAAAUGGAUUCCAGUGUGGCAAAGAGUGCAUAUUAAACCAGUGGGUGUGUGAUGGAGUAGCGGAUUGUGCUGAUGGAUCUGAUGAGAAAGAAUGUGGUCCUGAUGCUUACAUGAAUCACAGCUGUCUGCCUGAACAUGGUUGGUUCAGCUGUCUCAGUAAGGGUAGUAAAAAGUGUAUGCCCAUUAGCCGUGCAUGUGACGGCUAUGUCGAUUGCGAUGACGGAGCUGAUGAAGGCGGGCAAUGCAAUUCUACAUCUAAUUGUUCAAACGAUACGCAUUGCCCAAAUGAGUGUCACAAGACUCCUCGUGGCCCCAUCUGCUCUUGCCCUCAGGGUUUUCAACUCAAUGGGACAACUUGCGUUGAUAUCGAUGAGUGUUCGAUCGAUCCACCCCUGUGCAGUCAGAAAUGCUCCAACAGCAGAGGCGGAUUUGAGUGUUCCUGUGUCGCUGGUUAUACUCCUGGAGCCCGGGAUAAGAAGAGUUGCAUAGCUAAUGGACCUGAACCGAUGCUGGUCAUCACUACGGAUCGGGAUAUUCGCUACAUUUCAAUUCCUUCAAAGGAAUAUGGUCUCGUUCAGUCGGGUAUCUCCCAAGCCCAUGGCGUCACUGGUGACUACGAGGAUGGCUUCAUCUACUGGAACGAGAAAACUAAAGACAAAGCGGGUAUUUACAAGUCAAUGGUAGACGGAUCGGCGUUCCAGUAUGUGGUCUCUGUUGGCGUCGAAAUGGUUGAAGAUUUGGCGAUCGAUUGGGUUGGAAGACACAUUUACUUCACAGAUUCUGGCCGGAAACAUAUUGUCGUUUGCGAUUUUCAUGCUACAAUCUGCACAGUUGUUAUCACUGGGCAAUUAGACAAACCUCGCGCUGUGGCCGUGUAUCCUGAAGAGGGUAUGCUAUUUUGGUCUGAUUGGGGUUCCCAACCACACAUUGGCUCAGCUGGCAUGGAUGGAUCGCAGCGGAAAAAUGUCAUUACUACCGAUAUUGUAUGGCCAAACGGAUUGGUCGUGGAUGAAACUAUCCAGCGCAUCUUUUGGGGUGACGCCAAACUUAAUCGGAUUGAAAGCUCACGCCUCGACGGUUCAGAUCGUAAAAUUCUUGCGGUUAAAGUCACACACCCUUACGCGCUUGACAUAUUCGAAAACACUAUCUUCUGGUCUGACCCUCUCGAGCAUGAAGUCCUCUCCGUGGAUAAAUUUACCGGCAAGGAUUACAAGAUUUUGAUCAAAGAAACUUCGUUCACUCCAACUGGCAUUCACGUUCAUCAUCCAUCCAAGCAGAAUCUUCUCUCCAAUCCUUGCAGAAACAUCAUCUGCAGCCAUCUUUGUUUGCUCUCACCUUCAGUUCAAGGCUUUAGAUGCGCUUGCCCAGUAGGAAUGACUUUGAACAAGGACAACCGUACUUGCGACUCGAUCUCUUCACACGAAUCUUCCAUCGUCAUCGCAACCUACACCGACAUUUUUCGCCUGACUCACCAUCAGAUUGGCAAGGAUUCCAUCACCCGUCUGCCUACGCGUAAUGUGGAAAACAUUGGGGCCCUGGCCUUCAACCCUCUAGGUCAUUCGAUCAUCUACAGUGACAUGAGUCAGAGGACCAUUUACUCCAUGCAUUUGGAAACAUACCGGCAAGAGGUUCUUUUUGAAAAUGCUGAUAUGGUUGAAGGAUUGGACGUCGACCCUUUCACGGAAAAUAUUUACUGGACGGAAGUAACUCAGGGCACUAUCUUGGUCGGCCACAAAAAUCACGUUGGCGUCUACGAACGAUUGGUCUUGGCACGAGAUCUCCACAGCCCUAAAGGUAUCACCAUUGCAUCUGAAUACGGUUUGAUGUUCAUCGUUGAAGGGCGCAUUAGCCACGUCAUCAGCGUCUGGCAUAUGGACGGAGGUUCGCGGCAGGAGCUGGUUCAAGCUUAUGGCACUGUAUCGGCAAUGGCCUACGAUGGCAAACAUCUGUACUUUAGCGACUCUCUACGUGGAACCAUUGAACGUAUCGAGGUCGAUGGCCAAAAUCGUACAAUUCUACGAUCGCAUCUUGGAACUCCGGUUGCUAUGGACGCCAGCUCGGAUUCUGUUUUCUGGUUGACUCAAUUCUCUACUCGCAUCAGCUGGCUAAACAAACAGGAUCCGAAGACUAUGCGUGGAUUUGUCAUCGAUGCUUCUGACGACCUUUCCGUUCAAUAUCGCCUAAUGACCGUCGUAGAUCAAUUCAAUUUUGAUAGCCACGAACAUUCUUGCCUGGGUCAUUCUGGAGGUUGCAGCGAUAUUUGUUCACCGACGCCAAAUGGAGCCACUUGCUUGUGCCCGUUGGGUAAGGUAUUAGCAGAAGACAAACACGUUUGCAAUACAGUCAAUUGCGUUGGCGAUCAAUGGUUCAAAUGCCAAAAUGGAUGUAUUCCUGCCAAAUAUCGAUGUGAUGGAGUUAACGACUGCCCCCUCGGUGAAGAUGAAUUGCAAUGCCGUAACGCCACUACCGAAGUCGGAUGCACCAGUACUCAAUUUCAAUGCAACAAUGGCGGAUGCGUCUCAAUGCAUUUCUAUUGUGAUGGAGAUGCUGAUUGUCAAGAUCGUUCUGAUGAACCUGACACCUGCCCUCCUUUUGAAUGUCUGUCGGAUAGUGAAUACUCUUGUCCUAAUCAACAUCACUGUAUUCCACGUUCUGCCAUGUGUGAUGGUCAAGCGGAUUGUAUGGAUAAGUCGGAUGAAGCUAAUUGCACCAGCACUCAUUCGAUGUGUUCGGCAACUCAAUUUUAUUGCUCGCACAGUCGACUUUGCAUUCCUUUAACUUGGGUUUGUGAUAGAGACCCUGAUUGUGAGCACGGUGAAGAUGAAGAGACCAGUUUUUGCACGAAUGUUAAUCGGAAACCAAUGUGUCCAAUCAACUAUCUUCGUUGCCCUCAACGACCUGACUGUAUGCCCAGAAUGGCCCUUUGCAACAGUAUUGCUGAAUGCGAACAUGGUACAGACGAGGAACUUUGCGCUAAGCUGAACGAGUCCGCCACUGAAAAAAUUAAAGAACCAGAGGUAGAGUGUUCGUCACUUCAGUAUAACUGCUUCUUGGGUACAAAUGAAUGCAUCUCCAUGUCUUCAAGAUGCGAUUGUAGAUUUGAUUGCACGUUUGGCGAAGAUGAAGAGGGCUGCGAAAAUCUACCGUUCUCAUGCAAGACGGAUCUCUUCAGGUGCCCUAAUGAGAUGCGUUACAUCAACAUUUCAUGGGUUUGCGAUGGUCUGUCCGAUUGUUCCAACAGCGCCGAUGAAGAACCAACCCUUUGUCCUACGAACACAUCCAUUCCAACUGCUAGAUCUAGUUCUCCCAGUAUGGAUCCUGACAUUUAUUUGUGUUCGGAAGAUGAGUUUCAAUGCGCCAAUGGACAAUGUAUACCAACAAGUCUGGUAUGCGAUCGCGAACGCCAAUGCACAGAUGGUACUGACGAAGGAUCUGGUUGCAUUAAUUCGUGUCAGAACAACGGCCAUUGCCCACAGAUUUGCAUUCCUGGUCCGAAGGAACCGACUUGCCAGUGUGAGGUGGGUUACGAAUCGCUCAACAACGGCCAUCAAUGCGUUGACGUCGACGAGUGCUCAGCUGAGAACAAGUGCUCCCAGUACUGCAACAACACUAAGGGAAGCUAUCGUUGUUCUUGCUCGCCCGGAUAUACUCUGGAAUACGAUCAGCACACGUGCAAAGCUGCCAACGGUCGUCCAAUGUUAAUCGUGGCAACAAAUUACCAUGCUGAAAUUCUACUCAACAGUGAUGUGGCUUCCAGUCGCCUACUAGUCCAGUCAACUCUCUCUAUCAAGGGCAUUGCCUACCAUGACAAGCUCUCAUCAUUUUAUUGGAUCACUGCCGAAGGUGUUAGAAGGAGUAACAAUGGCGGACAGUCACUUAUCUUCAAAAUCAACGAUCUUCUGCCAAGCGGUUUAGCUCUGGAUAAAACCACUGGAAAUAUUUACUACAGCGCUGUGAAGAAUGUAACCCGAAAUGGUCAAGAUCAGUCCGUCAUCAGGGUCAUCGCCAAAUCGCUGGAGGCUGACGUGAAUAUCAUUACCACCCAGUCCAUCAUCACCGACAUUGCCUUGGAUAGUUUGAAGGGUUUACUGUUUUGGUCAGAACAUACUAAACCUUAUACUGGGCGUAUUGUACGUGCUACUAUGGACGGACGAUCUACAAUGUGGCUGUACUCUGUCGACAAGAUUAUGUAUCCUACCGCAAUCACUUUGGAUCAAAUCAAGUCGCGCAUCUACUGGGCUGACAUCACACUUCGUUCGAUUUCCAGUUGUGAUUACAAUGGUAUGAAUCAAAGGCACGAAGUUGCGAUCACAAAUGGGCAGCCGUUGUCACUCACCUUCUUUGAAAAUCGUCUUACCUGGAGUGUCCGCGAUCAAGACGUGCUUUACAGUCAGGUGAUCAAUGGAAGUUCCAUUUCAGAGCAGCGUCUAAACGAACAUGUUAGUCAAAUCAUUACUGUCCAUUCUGUUUUGGAACCCGAGUUACCGAAUCACUGCGCAUUUUCUCCUUGCAAUAAUGGAAUUUGCGUGCUUAAAAACAGUUCCAGCUUUACGUGCCAUUGCCCGAUUGGUGUCGCUGUUACUUCCUCCAAUCCGUUCAAGUGUUCCGGUAAAUCUCCUGAAGUGGUCACUGUCGUGCCGGGCGCAGAAGCCGGGAUCAAUCCGGAUUAUAUUGAAUCUCCUUCCAGUCCCGGUGUAACAGUCGCUUCGAUUCUCAUCUGCCUGUCUGUGUUGACGAUCUUGGCUGUUUUAGGCUGGAUCUAUUAUCGUAGAUGGCGUCGCACAAUUGGAUCACCACUCAAGUUUCGUUUCCGCAAUGCUCUGGGAUUGACUGAGGAAAGCACUGCUUGGGAAGAAAGUGUAGACUAUGGCGACCGGAAGAGGUUGUUCAUCAAAUCGGAUGACCCAGAUGAUCAUGGAUGUGGGCCACAGGUGAUGGUUGAUCAGAAUGAUAACCGAACAACAGCAUUGGGAGCUCCUCAUCGAUCUCCUGUAAAUUCUAGUUACUCAAACCUUCCAUCCAUCCAGCCAUCUCUGGGUAAGAGCCAUCCGGUGGAAGACCGUCAACCACAACUUUUACCCGCAACGUAUUCCAUGAAAGAUCAGCUUUUAGCCAGCGAGUUGUGAUUGAUGCAUUAUUACUCAUGGUAAUUCCAUUGUUUUAUUUUGUCCGUUUCUUGCACUUCUGUAUUUCCCCUAUUCACGUUAUUCGUUUUACGUUCAUGUUUGUAAAAAAAAAAAUGCCCGUAUUGUUGGUGCUGUUGCGCUCAAUCUAGAAUAUAUUUUCCUCGAUUCAAAUCUAA